AUGAUCCCACUUGCUUCGUCUGGUUCUGGCGCAGCAGACUAUCGUGCAGAAAGGGAAUCUAUCACCCAGAUACGAUUAUCUGAAAAUCGAGAAAUUGGGGUCCUCAAUGACAGACAUGCUGACUACAUCUCUGAGGUUCGUUUCCUUCAAGCAGUUCAACGCAAGCUCAGAUUGCGUUUGGAGCAAUGGAUGAAAGCUGGAAAACCGAGAAAGAGGGAAGACAUGACUGAGAUAUGCCUAGCUAAAGGACGUGGGAAAGUAAUCCAAGAAGAAUGUGCCAGGCUUCGAAAGGAAAAUCAAAAAAUCAUGGAUGAUAUUGCAUCGCAGAGACAGAUCUUUGACAGAGAAACGCAAGAACGCUACAGCUAUGAACGUCGUGCUGUACCAUUGCUCCAGGAAUGCGAAGAGCUACUGAAAUCCUACAAAGGGGUCCAAGUACCCGUACCCCGCUACUCAACUGAGGACAUUGAACGAGACAGGAAGCAAUUCCGUGCUGAGGUUGAGGCCUCAAUGGGUGACAUUCGUAGGCAAUACGAAAUUGUGAGUGAAUUUGAAAUUUAA